GAGAGCUGUUUGCGUCGUCAGUGAAACAGGAAUUGAAUACAGCCUGCUGGUGCUGCGUCUCUGCUCCGGAGAGCAAGGUACAGCUACCAGGCGUUUGCGCGGUAGGAAGUAUGAACUGGGCCCAGUUUUAGAACUAAUACAAAAUCAGCUACUUCCCAACUAGAGUCCGGAAAGAUCUGAGAGGAGGAGCCAGCUGUGAAAGACAGCGUUGCUGACUUUGCUGUUUACCAAGAUUAUUAGGAGGAGAGGGGGAAGGACAGACAGACAUGUCUUCAGAGACAGACCAAAGUAAAGUUCAGGCAUCUUUACAGCAAGAAAACAAACAGUCUGGUCUCCACUGUCCUAUCUCAGAUGUUCACAUCAAUAGAAAAGAAGUAGAAAGGAUCAGUCGAGAAUGUAGAAAUGAAAGUUUCUGGUACAGAGGUCUUCCCUUGUCUCUAGGAAGCAUGCUCAUCACUCAAGGGCUAAUUUACAAUGGCUUGCUCUCAUCGAACCCAAGAUUUGGAUCAUUACCUAAAAUUGCAUUUGCUGGUGCCUUUGGUCUUGCCAUUGGGACGAUGUCAUACAUACGAGUAUGCCAGAGAAAGUUCCAGAGUAUAGGAGUUCAGCCAUUUGGUCCAGAAUAUAAAAGGCACUGUCAUCAUACCUGCAAGGAAUGCGAAGCAAAUUUUGGAUCUAAUGGACAGGAAAACUCAAAGCCUUCAGCUUCAUAAUCCCAGAUCACGUUUCUUCUUUUUAAGAAGUUACUUCAUAUCUUGGUAUCUGAAUUGUAGAACUGACAAAGAUGACAAAAUCCUGCAGAAAAAGUCUCUUCCUUCAAUAGCUUAUUCUGGACAGAAGAAAUUAAGCCUACAGUCAAGUGUAAACCAGUACACUGUGAGGAUUGGGUUGAUUUUAAAAAAGUUUGCCUAUAUAAUAAAUGCUAAUUUCUAGUAAUGCAGUUUCUAUUUUUUUCUGUUGAUAUCACACCCCAGUAUGUUUCUUUUUUCCUUAGAUGCAUUUUAGCUCUUGGCACUGAAAACUUAGAUAUUGCAAUUCUUGUAAUUGGCAAUGACCUGAUCUCAGUGCAACCUGCAAAAGGCCAUAAUUGGAAGCAUUUGUCUCCUGCAUGAAAGAAAAAGAAUGCAAGAGUAUUUAAAUGACGUUGCACUGCUAAGCAGCCCAUCAAGCCCCCUAUACUGUGAUCAGUUUUGCAUAACUCUUUGUACUGGGCAAGGACUGCAUGUAUCACCAUACUUGACAAUAGGUAUCCUCUGGGUACUAUUAGAAAGAAUCCCAUUGACUUCAGUGGGCUUUGAAUCUGGACUUA